CUGUUUUCCGGUGGGUGGAAGGGAGGAGGUUUGAACUUUGAGCGUCGUGUGCUCGCGGCAGCCAGCGGCAGUAACAGCUGGCUAACAGCUGGCAGCAGUUUCAACGCCUCCUCGGAACCUAAGUCCGGCAUUAUGUCUUUCAUUCUGGUGAAGAAAAACAGAUUUAAAUUUAAAGUUGAUUUUCAUUUGGAGGAAUUGUCCUCGGUUCCCUUCAUGAACGGAGUUCUGUUUUGUAAAGUGAGACUUUUAAAUGGAGGCUUCGCGGAGGAGUCGUCUCGUGAGCCUGUCCAAGCCAACUGUGUUCGCUGGAAGAAGAGGUUCUCUAUUAUUUGCAAGAUGAGCGCCAACGCUGGAACUGGCGUGUUAGACCCCUGCAUGUGCAGAGUAUCUGUGCGCAAGGAACUGAAGGGUGGAAAAACAUUUGCAAAGCUGGGCUUUGCAGACCUGAACCUGUCCGAGUUCGCUGGGUCUGGCAGCACUGUUCGAAGGUGUCUCCUGGAAGGAUACAACACAAAGAAAACCCGACAAGACAACUCAAUUCUCAAGGUUGUCAUCACCACACAACUAAUGUCUGGAGACCCCUGCUUUAAAACUCCACCAUCUACAGCCAUGACUGUGGGAAUCCCACAGGCUAAUGCAGAGUGCCUCCUUGAAGACAGAAAAGGAGGGGACAUUCAUAUGUCGCUACCUGUCGCUGAGCACCCGAAAAAGUCAGUGUCAGUUCCAGAUGAGCUGAUAGCAUAUGGACACUCCAGAAAUUCCAGCUGUGCAAGUCAGCUGUCAAAAAUUUCAGGUUACAGUUCAAAUCACUCCAGUUUCACAGAUCUGACCCACCGGCGAAGCGGCUCAGGAGGUUCUGCCUCUACAGGCAUCAGCAGCAUUGAGCCCAGUGAUCAGCAGGGAGAAAGGGGAGAGAAGGAGAGCAGAUCCACUCCCACAGUGUUAGCAUCCUGUUAUAAUGCGAGUGAAAACCCCUCCACCCCAACCAAGGGUUUAAGACACCCAGUUAAACAGAACUCGAUGGAGAAUCAACUAAAAAGAGUUGAUGCCACCAGGGUGGACGCUGAUGACAUAAUAGAGAAAAUCCUCCAAGGCCAGGAUUUCAGCCAUAGCAUCUUGGAUUCCAGUGCAGAGGAAGAGGGGCUCAGCUUGUUUGUGGGUCCUGGUGGGAGUACAGCCUUGGGAAGCCAUCACUCCAGGGAUGUGACCGGAGCCUUUGAGCAGGUGGUGAUCAAGCAGGGCCACCAGAACGAGCGGUCCAUGUGCUGUGGACAAGAAACCUGCUCCUAUUUCACCCCAAGAGAUGUUCUUCCAUCUUAUGCAAUACUUCCCCCACAAGGCCUAAAGAAUCCAUUGGCCACGGGUCCCCCUAUUCAGCUGUAUGAAUUAAAGACCUACCAUGAAGUUGUGGACGAAAUAUAUUUCAAGGUGACUCACGUUGAGCCCUGGGAGAAAGGAAGCAGAAAAACCGCAGGGCAGACUGGAAUGUGCGGAGGGGUACGUGGAGUUGGGACUGGUGGAAUUGUAUCUACAGCUUUCUGUCUACUAUACAAACUGUUUACUCUCAAGCUUACCCGCAAACAGCUGAUGGGUCUGAUCACUCACACAGACUCGCCAUACAUUAGAGCACUUGGAUUCAUGUAUAUAAGAUACACUCAGCCCCCAACAGAUUUAUUAGAGUGGUAUGACGGUUUCCUGGAUGAUGAGGAGAUGACCAUUGUGCAGCAGGAGCUUGAUGUAAAAGCUGGAGGUGGCUGUGUGAUGACCGUUGGAGAAAUGCUCCGCUCCUUCCUGACCAAGCUGGAAUGGUUUUCCACUCUGUUUCCUCGCAUCCCGGUGCCUGUGCAAAAGCUCAUCGACCAGCAAAUGAAGGCGAGGCCGCGGAAGGUGGCGCAAAAAGAGCCACAGGAGGAGGAAGCCGAAUUCACAGAGUCAGGGAGACAGGGAGAAAGGCGGCGCUCCAGGACACCCAGACGGACCCCCAGCCCCAGGAGGUCGCCCAAACGGUCGAGGAGCAGGAGCCACCACCGGGAGAAAGAGCGGCACGGCCCCAGCUUCGACCGGGAGCUGGAGAGGGAGCGCGACCGGCAGAGGAAGGAGCGGGACGGCAGGGACCGGGACAGGGAAAGGGGAGGAGACCGAGGGGACAGGGAGAGGCGGCGGUCCCGCAGCGCCGAGCGAAACCAAGACCGCCGAGAGCGCAAGAAAAGCCGCAGCGGCAGCCGGGAGAGACGGAGCGAGCGCAGGGAGAAAGAGAGAGAUGCAGGAGAUGACAGGAGCAGGAGGAAGGAGCGGGACCACCACAAGGACCGAGUCCCCGAGAGAGAGAAGUCCAGAGACAAGAAGAGCAGGGUAGAGGCAGAUGAGCGAAGGCACAAAGAUGAAAGGGACAGACACAGGGAAGACAGGCGGGCCAAGAGGUCCAGCCGGAGCCGCAGCCGAGAUAGGAAACAUAGGAGCGGAGGAGAGGAGAAGAGCAGGAAAAGGGAGCGCAGCCACAGCAGAGAGAGGGACAGGGAGCGGGACGGCGAGCAGCGCUCUCACAAGCGCAGCCGCAGCAAAGAGAGGAGCCACCACCCGAAAGAAUCCAGCAACGAUCAAAGCAAACACAACGAACGCAGAAGGAGUCAGAGCGCCGAGUAAACGCGGGCUCACGGCUUACUACUCCUGUGCUCCCCCUCCGUGUCCCUGCCCAGCCUUGUUCUCCCCAUCACUGAGGAGGAGGAAUGUCAGCACAUUGGACAUCUGGACAUCGUCGUGUUUGGCCAAUGUAAUGUUGCUUUCAGUUUGUUUUUUCUGCUGUCCCAGCCCCCCGUUAGAACAUUGUUAGUCCUCACUAAUCUGUAAAGUGACAAAAAUGGCAUUUUAAUUUUCUAUGGUUCUUUUUUUUUUUCUUUUUUUUUUCGCCCCCCCAAAAAAAUAUUUGUACAUAAUGUCUGGAGACUGUCUACACACUAUUAAUGGGCAGAGUGCAGCUCAAAGGCUCAGCUCCACACUGUCGACAUAUACUUUAUGUAAUUUAAAAAUGAUAGCUGUAGUUAUUUUCUGCCUGCACAAAAGCAAUACAGUUAUUUUUAAGAUUUGACAGAUGAUGGAUUGCUUAUAUGAAUGGUUUAAGUUCCGAUUUCAGUGAAGGAGCAGCGCAGCUCGGUCGGCAGUUCUGUCCGUGACUGGUGUGUAGAUGGUCUGAGAAUGUUUUAAGCUCCGAAGGGCAGCCUGCAAAUGGUCAUUUUUACCACACACUUGAUUCCUGCUUGUGUUGUGUUUUGAGCCAUUGCUCUCUUGCAUUUUGUUUUCUAAUAAAACACUUUUAUAAAUUACGCUCUCUUGUAUGCUGGC